GCUGCGGCAUCAACACCAAUUGGGCGCCACGGAUUUCAUGCAGGUGCGGCAAGCCAGCACGACAGAAGGUCAUCCUGGCAGCGCGCAGCAACGCCAAGAACACGCAGAGCCAGAACGGUCAUCAGGCUCGUCCUGCUGCUGGCGGGCGUCCUGGCAUGCGUGCUCCAGACACAGUUGGACGGCACGACCCGCUGCAGGAGAAGCUCGACGCCCUGGCCAAGCGCUUCGACAAGUUCAUCGGCGGUGGUGGGAACCACGGCAACAAUGGCACUAGUGUGCAGUCUACUCCAGCUGGGGCGGGUUCUCCUCCAGCACACGAGACGGACAAGCAGCAGCAACUUCGUGAUCAGAUCAAAGACCUUGAUAUCACCGUCCGCAUGGACGAGAAGUGUGAUCCCAAUG